UCCAAAACUUAACUCGAAAGUUCUGGUUUUCAUCCGAUCCCACAAUCCUCCUGGGCGCGACUAAGAAUUAACCUGGCGGGAAUUUAAAAGUACCGCUGACCCAAUCUCCAAGUCCUCGCCCUGUCAAAAUUCCCCAACCACAAGUGAGAUAAUACUUGUUAAUUACAUCGCAUUGAAUUAAUAACGAGCUCAGGGAAGCAACGACGAGAGGAAUGGCGACGAAUUUUACUUUACAAAUGGCUUAGACAACACGAAGUUCAACUAUUUGCCAAAGAGAUUUCCCGAGAGAGCUUUGUUUUGUGUUCGGGAAAGAGAAAGGUUUUGGGUUGUGGAUAAGAAGCGGUGCGCGGGGAUGUGUUAACCUGGUGGCCGACAUGGUAGAAUGAAGUUAAUACGAUUUCUCAUCUUGGUAAUGUGCUUUGUUAUUUGGAUUGGGUGCCAUUUGCCCGGAAUAAGAGCCGCGUCGAACAGAACUCGUGAGAUCACUGUGCCGACCGAAUCCUGCGAGAGAAGUCUCGUCCAGCAAAACGUGACACUCCAGGGUGGUAUCGAGGCGGGGGUGUUCAAGAAGCUAGCGCAGUUCGUCGCGAUGCAGCUGUGUAUUCGCAUGUGUUGCGAGGAGAAGAGCUGUGACGUAGCGCUCAUGUCUGGCAAGAACUGUUAUGGUGUGCAGUGUUUCAGCGAGAUGGCCUGUAGGGCUGUACCCGUAACCAAGGCCCCGUCAUCACUGAUGAUAUCCCACGUGACCAUCAAAGGGGAAGGAGCAGCUCACGAAAACCAGACCACCACCCCCACUCCCCACAAUCUUAAAUGCACCGUGACGGAUCCCAAAGAUGGCGUGACACUCAAUGGGGGCCUUAAAUCCGGGAACUUUACUGACGUGGGCAAGGUUGACGGGAUAAGCACUUGUACGCGUUUGUGUUGCGUGUCUGAGAAGUGUGACUUGGCGUUACUCAUCAAGAACAACUGUUUUCUCGUCUCGUGCUUCACGGCGGAUCUCUGUAAAACAGUGAAGACCGAGACGAAGAAUUAUCGACCAACGGUAGCGUACGUGAAGCGGUGGACGACGGCGCUCGCAGAGGAUUCGGCCAUGACCCUGAGCACGCUACCAGCCACAGACUCCAAGCUGAGCUGCAAGAACAGCGACGUCAAACAGAACUUUACCUUAAAGGGCGGUUACCGCGCGGGCAAUUUCACCGACCUCGGUAAAGUGUCCAACAUGUCCACUUGCAUCCGGUACUGCUGUGGACGGAAGGACUGUGACGCAGCGAUGAUGCUCGAGCAUAAUUGCUAUGCCGUCCGUUGCUAUAGCUACGAGUUGUGUCGAUCUGUGAAGGCGCGGAAAUCGGGGCUACUGCGGAACCUGAGCCCUAGACUGUCGUACAUCACGAGUCGCAGCGAGGAAGUUCUGCCUCAGCGAAUUCCUAUCGAGAACGGUGCUUCCUGCCAGCCGUCAGUCAUCUCUUAUGACGUCACACUGAAGGGCGGGAUCAAAGCAGGGACAUUCACUCCUAUUGGCUACGUGGACACAAUGCAGACUUGCGUGAGCCUGUGUUGUCAGCGGUCUUCCUGUGACGUAGCAUUCAUGCUGAAGAGCACGUGUUACUCGAUCAAGUGUUCGAGCGAAGAGAUGUGUGAACAGGUCCAGGCCCGCGCGAACGAGUACAGCCCAAGACUAUCAUACAUCAGACGAUUCACCAGCAGUGACGUCACAAAAGGUAAAAACAAGACGAUUGCAGGGCAUUCUGGGAACUCGUCGAACACCAAUAGCGUUAGUGACGAUCACUAUUGUACAGAGAGCGAAAUCAUAACCAACGUCACACUCAGGGGAGGGAUAACCGCUGGACGGUUCCGGGAUCGCGGGCGAGUACCCGGUAUCAAAGAGUGUGCGGAGGUCUGCUGUAUUGCCAAGGAAUGUGACCUGGCCUUCAUGCUGGAGGAUCGAUGUUUUUCGGUCACGUGUUCAAGUAGUUCAUCAUGCGUGGCCGUCGCCGCUAAAUCGUCCGUGUUUCGACCUGCAAUAGUUUAUAUAUACGCCCGAACGAUUGCCGAUGCCUCCACGAACGCAGGAAAACGACGCCGUGAGCGUUUCCGAGGCCGCCGUGCGGACCCCGAAUCGAAUACGGACAAUCUUACGAAGACCAAGCGACGUAAACGGUUAUUCGGGGGAAACCAAACGGAGCCCGUUACCGACGCCUCGUUGAAUGAAAAGCGACUAAACGAACGCUUCCGAGAACAUCGCUCAGUUAUUGAUUCAAAUGUCGAAGACUCUGCGAGUACAAGGCGACACCACGAACGAUUCCAAGUGCAUCACUCUGUUAUUGAUUCGGGUACCAAUGAAUCUACGAGUACCAAACGACAUCACGAACGCUUUCGAGCAAAGCACCCAACCGAACCACGUAAGGUGUCUGUAAAGGAGAGUGACUUGAGAACGAGGCUUACAAAGUACAAAGCUGCUGUUCGUAACAAUGCCAUGAAGCGUCGACGAAGAAAGCGCUUGUUGGAAGACGACUUUAUGACAGAAAUUGGCAGUGUUCAGCCGCUGACCUGUGAUCAUGGGCCCAUCCAAACGAACGUAGCAUUGCGGCACGAAUUGCGGUCCGGGAAAUUUUGGAGACUGGGCCUAGCGGAUGACAUGAGCACGUGCAUUCAGUUGUGCUGUGAGAAGGAAGACUGUGAGAUGGCGAUGAUGCCGGGCCAACACUGCUAUGGCGUUGACUGCUUUAGCGAGAAGCACUGUGAGAUAACAGGCGUUAAACCGACCAACAUGACGGUGCAGAUAGCAAGAGUAAGACCCAUAGUGGAAAAUCCAGGAAUAGAGAAAAUAUUUGAUAUCGAGGAUCCGUCUACAAAGAAAGAGCUUCACUGCACGCAUAGCCCCAUUUUGACAAACGUCACCGUCAGGGGAGGGGUGAAAGCAGGCAAAUUCAGCGACAUGGGGGAGGUGGCGGGGAUGCACAUGUGCACAGCGCUUUGUUGUGAGAGGAAGUCAUGUGACCUUGCGUUCAUGAUUGGAGAUACUUGCAUAGCUGUGGAUUGUUAUAGAGAAGAGCUUUGCCAAGCUGUAAGAGCGAGGCCAACCUCGUAUAACCCACAAAUUGCGUACGUGAGGAGAAGGGAGCUACAAAGUUCUAUCAGGAAAGCUAACGAGCUACCGAAGGCCCCCAUACUGGCGCAUAAGAUCAUCAGCGAUCGCCUGCCCCACAUGACCAUACUCAAGACCAGUACAUGCUCCUCAGUCAAGAUCCACACCAAUGUCACCCUGCUAGGGGGGAUCAAGUCUGGCAAUUUCACUGCGCUUGGACGGACAAAGAACAUGCAGGAAUGUAUAGGCAAAUCAUGUGACCUGCCCUCAGGCGACAUGGCCUUUAUGCUUGGGAAUGACUGUUACUCAGUCACGUGUUACAGUGACAGACAGUGCCAGGUUAUCCCGGCCCAGCCCUCUCCAUUCCUCCCCAAGCUUGCAUUUCUCAAAUGGGCACCGAAAGUAAAUGAAACAGAAACACUAGUGGACGACGUGAAACCCAAGCGCCACAUCCCCCGGUGCACAAGAAGCCACAUAUUAUAUAAUCACACAGUCCAGGGGGGGCUGCGAGCCGGGAACUUUACCAAGAUUGCAGAGGUCGAUAGCAUCGAGACAUGCGCAGCGCUGUGUUGUGCCGAGGAAACAUGUGACCUGGCCUUGAUGCUUGGAGAGAACUGCUACGCCGGAGACUGUGCGAGUCGGGAGUUGUGCAAGCCGAUCCCUGCGUAUCAUAAAUCAGAGAUUGCGUAUAUUACCUCCAGAAAGAAAGCAGAUAAUAAUAUAGACUGGAGCCUGUGGUACUUGGUGGUUGGGUCUAUUGCUAUUGGUAUUGGCCUGAUGGGCAUCGCAUGGACUGUAGGGACAUGCUGGAAACGCACUCGCCGAAUGCGUCCCAAGUGUGAGGAGGCGGACCGGUUUGUGAUGGAUAACCAUGGAGACACACUACGCUCCAUGCAGAUGCUCCCACAUGGGAAGUACAUAAAUCAAGGGCCAUUAUUCCUAAGUGACACAGACUCAGAGACAGAAGAUGAGCUUGAGGCUGAGCCCUUACCAAGAAAGUCCCUACAGGGCCCUGGUACACUAAAUUUGCUUCAUUCAUACGGAGCCCCUACUAAUAAUGUUCCACGGAUGACAAAUUACCAGAGCUUUCAACAGGAGCAAGCGGACCUUGCUAAAGCAAGAAGAGCUAUGCAGAACUUAUGAAAGAAAGAGAGCCACGAUCAACACCGAAGAAUAGAGAUGCAGAAAUAUUAUCUUGAAUAUAUGCAGUCAAUAGAGAAAUUCAAGAAAAGUCAUAUCACGUCAGACAUGCUGAAUGUAUUUUGACGGGUGUCUACAAAACUAAGUCCUAAAACAUAAUACCUAAAACCUGUGACCCCAAAAGCUACGACCCCAAAAAUAUUGCCGUUAUUUUUUAGCCUACCUUGUUUCCCAAAAUAGCUACACAGCGUGGAAGUUUUCAUGUGGAAUCAGUGAUCCUCAUGAGAUAAUUAGAGUUUUUUUUUUAUAUUUGAAAAUAGGAAAAAGCACUACUUGUGUUUCCAGGUGGUCGUUUCUUAACGCCGAUAAACUCAGAAUCCCGGAAAGUCCGGUAAACUUUUCGGGUGUUUCUACAAAAAAAAUUUUAAUUGCCCGCUAAUUUACAGAAAAUCGCUUCAUGUUCUAGUUAUGGAUUUCCUUCCAACCAAUCAGGUUUCAUCUCUGUCAAAUGAUUUGACAUUUAGCUGUCACAGUGCGCCUGAAAAUAUAAACAGCUUUGCGAAAUUAUUAGAAGAAUUGAGACUUUAUUUACUUGUUCUUUGUCUUUCUUUCGAAAAAUGUCGAUGCCACAGCAAUUGUUGGGGUGCAAGUUGUCUACAGACAUCGACAAAACUAGGAUUUCAAUAUUAUUUAGCCAAUCUAUUCAUAAACUUUUGAAAUUAUAAUUUACUUGUCGGAGACCCGUAUCCGCACGCUACGCUAAAGCUUAGAUUUGAUAAAACUUUUUCCUCGCCCGGGAUAAUUUUUCGGGCAAAGGAGCGUGUCUGUAAAAUGAGUGCAACUACAAUUUUCAAUGGGACAAAUAACGAUGAUUAAAAAUGGUUUGUUCAUUAGCGCGCGCAAAUGAGAAUAUUUUUUCAUAAAAAGCACAACAGAAUUAGCAGAAUAUUAUCUCAUUUGGUUCACUGAUUCCAUAUGGAACUUUCGCGCUGUGUAGUCAUUUGGGAAACAAGGUAGACUAAAUAAUAACUGAAAUAUUUCCUCUUUUGUAAAAGAAACGUUUGUACAGUCCUUCAUAUUGGUAAAUAAAAACAAAGAAUUCAUAGAAGUAAAUUGAAAUAUUGAAAUAAAAUUUCAAAUCAAGA